GUUUUUACUUAAUGUUUGAAGGUCAGGUUCCGGAUCUGAGUCAUAAAACAAGUUUAACUAAUUAAAAUUCAAACAAGCAUUUUACGUUAUAAAAUCAUUUUGAUAAAAUACGUAAUAAUGCUGCAAAUAAAAAAGGCAUGCACUAUGAACCAUUUAAUCUAAUAAAAAAAAAUCGCGAUAUGAAACUGUUUAAAAAGAUAAGGUGCGUCGGUUUCAAUGGAAUCAAUUCUCAUCAAUUAUACACAAAGUGAACGCAACCAUUUGUUGCACUUCAAUCAAUAUGAACCAGGAAUUUCUCAAUAUGUUUGGAAAAUUCAAGGAGACCGCUGAAGAAGCAAUGAAGUCGAAUCAAAACUUUGAAAAAUUUGGAGAGUACAGCAAAAAAAUCCAAGUAACUUUUUUGGAGAGUGUUGCUGAAGUAUCAAGAAAAGGAGGAGAUGUGCUACGAAGUUUACUUCCCACUGAAUCUCCACCUACUAAAGUACUAGAUGUUAAACCUGAUGUUUAUGCGGAAAGACACCCUAUUUGCCGUGAGGAUAGUCUCGUUCUUUACGCACCAAAUAGCACAAAAGGGGAGAAGUCAAAAUUUGAGAUUGUUUUGCAUAAACCUUACACAGAAAGUUUACAUCAAGCAUUUAGUUUAUUUCGUGCUGAAGAACAAGCUGAUGCCGAAGAACGUUUCAUUUACCUUAAAGAUAAACUCCCAAAGUUUAUAGAAAUCGCUAAAGAGAUGGGAAAUUCCCAUGGUUUACAAAAAAUUUGUGAUGUAAUUGCAGAACAUCCAUCGUGGACCAUGGCACAUAUGGCCGCCCAUUUCGCGCUUUACGAUACUUUUAAUAACGAUAUUAUUAAUAGUUAUUUAAACAGCUCUGACGCAGCCACAGGAAUGUCACCUUUACAAGUUGCUAUAACCACAAAUAAUCUAAAAACUGUACAAAUUUUGAUACAAUCAAAAUGUUCUUUGGAACAUGUCGAUCAUGAUUCAAAUACUGUUUAUCAUUUUGCUGCAAAUAGUUGUAAGGAAAUUAUUACAGCUCUUUCGCAAGAUUCCCCCCCGCGUUGUUUAAACGGAAAAAAUAAAUUGGGUUAUACCCCUUUGCAUUUGGCUUGUUUGGCCGAUAAGCCUGAUUGUGUUAAAGCACUUUUACUUGCUGGGGCUGAUGUAAAUAUAGCAGCCAGUCAAGAAGGACCCGAAGGCGAAGGGAAUAAUAUUCCCGGAUACGUCGGUCAUUAUUUGCAAAAUAAUCCCAAUACACUUUCGAAUCAAGAUAUGAAAAAUGGGGGAACCCCCCUACACUGGGCGAUAUCUCGACCAGUCAUUGACGCAUUAGUUGAUGUUAAUUGCUUAAUAAACGCCGUGAAUUUUCAAAAUCGAACCGCAUUACAUGUGAUGAUCUUACAAAAAAAAUUGGAAUGUGUUGUUGCUUUAUUAAGUAGAGGGGCGGAAACGAACAUUAGAGAUUGCGACGGAAAUACUCCUUUACAUUUGGCUGUUAACACGGGAAAUAACUCGAUUAUUCAAUGUUUAAUUAUUUUUGGGGCUGAUUUAGACGCGUUGAAUUACAAAGGCGAAACUCCGCGACAUUUAGCUGCAAGAAGUAAUAAUUCAAGGGGAUUGUAUUGUUUGCAUGCUGUUGGGGCGAGUAGAUGUACCCCCGAUGUUUCUAAUUGCGUAAUUGGUUGUAAACAUAACGGAGAUUAUAAUGGGGAACCACCACCAAGCAUUUUUGGCCCCACAAAUCGUGAUUUAUUAAACGACAUGUUAUCUGUAGCUGCGAUGCAUACUGCUUCGGAAAAACACGGAGAUAAUCUCCCAAAAAAAGGACGUUUACUUUGUUUAGAUGGAGGUGGAAUUCGUGGGUUAAUCCUAAUUCAAAUGCUUUUGGAAUUAGAAGCCGCUAUCGGGGGACCAAUUAACAACUGCUUUGAUUGGAUCACUGGAACUAGUACGGGAGGGAUUCUCGCGUUGGGUUUAGCCGCUGGAAAAACUUUGAAGGAGUGUCACUGUUUGUAUUUUCGAUUAAAAGACCAAACAUUUAUCGGCAUUCGUCCAUAUCCAAGCGAACCUCUUGAAAGCAUGUUAAAGGAAUGUUUGGGUUCUGACUCGGUUAUGACCGAUAUUAAACAACCGAAACUUUUAAUUCCCGGAGUUUUAGCCGAUCGAAAACCGGUCGAGCUACAUUUAUUUAGAAAUUAUGAGAGUCCGAGUGAAAUUUUGGGCGUCAAUUAUAAUUCUCCUUAUGAAUUACCUAAACCACCUGAAGAAACUUUAUUAUGGCAUGUUGCAAGGGCCACCGGUGCAGCUCCUACUUAUUUUAGAGCUUUUGAUAGAUUCCUAGAUGGUGGUUUAAUCGCGAAUAAUCCAACGUUGGACGCCCUAACGGAAAUUCACGAAUACAACUUGGCGUUAAGGGCGAAACAUCGUACAAGCGAAGAAUGUCCCGUACAUAUCGUUGUUAGUUUAGGGACGGGUCUUAUUCCGGUUACGGAAUCAAACGUUUCUAGAAUGUUACCUGAAAAUAUUUGGGAAGGAGCUAAAUUGGUUUUUGGUUUGCCAGCGUUAGCAUCUUUGCUCGUUGAUCAGGCUACUGCGACUGACGGAAGAGUUGUGGAUAGAGCAAGAGCUUGGUGCUCUUCUUUGGGAAUCCCCUACUUCAGGUUUAGCCCGCAAUUGUCUGAGGACGUCGCCAUGGAUGAAAAAUCCGACGAAAGAUUAUGUAAAAUGUUAUGGGAAACGAAAGCCUACAUGUACGCAAAUAUGGCUUCAGUAAGAGAAGUUGCAAAUCUACUUACACGGGAGUAAAUGUAUUGAUUAAAAAACUCCUUUAGAAAAAUGUUUGUACUCCUUUUAGAUUUAUCUAGAUUUUAUAUAAUUCUAAACUUUAUAAUAGGGCUCACUAUUUAUUAUUAAUUUUGAAAUAAAUAAAUGUAUUUAAACGGU